CAUGGAGAAAAUUUCAAUGUCAGCCUUCUUGCUCCUUGUGGCCCUCUCCUACAGUCUGGCCAAAGAGACCACAGUCAAACCUGGAGCUAAAAAGGACACAAAGGACUCUCAACCCAAACUGCCACAGACCCUCUCCAGAGGUUGGGGUGAUCUACUCAUCUGGACUCAGACAUAUGAAGAAGCUCUAUACAAAUCCAAGACGAGUAACAAGCCCUUGAUGAUUAUUCAUCACUUGGAUGAAUGCCCACACAGCCAAGCUUUAAAGAAAGUGUUUGCUGACAAUAAAGAUAUCCAGAAAUUGGCGGAGCAGUUUGUCCUCCUCAAUCUAGUUUAUGAAACAACUGACAAACAUCUUUCUCCUGAUGGCCAAUACGUCCCCAGGAUUAUGUUUGUGGACCCAUCCCUGACAGUCAGAGCUGACAUCACCGGAAGAUAUUCAAAUCGUCUCUAUGCUUAUGAACCUUCGGACACAGCUUUAUUGCUUGACAACAUGAAGAAAGCUCUCAAGUUGCUGAAGACUGAAUUGUAGAG